GAAUUUGACAACUUAUACCUGGACAUGAAUGGCAUCAUACAUCAGUGUUCGCAUCCAAAUGAUGAUGAUGUUCACUUCAGGAUCUCAGAAGAUAAGAUUUUUGCUGAUAUUUUUCACUACUUGGAAGUGCUGUUUCGCAUCAUUAAACCAAGGAAGGUUUUCUUCAUGGCAGUCGAUGGAGUGGCUCCAAGAGCAAAAAUGAAUCAGCAGCGUGGGAGACGUUUUAGAUCAGCAAAAGAGGCAGAGGACAAAAUAAAAAAGGCAUUAGAAAAGGGAGAAACACUCCCUACAGAAGCCAGAUUUGACUCCAACUGUAUUACACCAGGAACUGAAUUCAUGGCCAGGUUGCAUGAGCAUCUUAAAUACUUUGUGAAUAUGAAGAUUUCCACAGACAAAUCCUGGCAAGGAGUAACAGUCUACUUAUCAGGCCAUGAGACUCCAGGGGAAGGUGAGCAUAAAAUAAUGGAGUUCAUCAGAUCAGAAAAAGCAAAGCCCCAUCAUGAUCCAAAUACAAGACACUGUCUCUAUGGCUUAGAUGCUGACUUGAUCAUGCUGGGAUUAACAAGUCAUGAGGCGCACUUUGCACUCUUAAGAGAAGAAGUCAGAUUUGGUGGUAAAAAAUCUCAAAGAGCAUGUGCACCAGAGGAAACCACAUUUCAUUUACUGCACUUAUCACUGAUGAGAGAAUAUAUUGAUUAUGAAUUUUCACCAGUAAAAGACAAGAUUUCCUUUGAAUAUGAUAUUGAAAGGAUAAUAGAUGAUUGGAUCUUAAUGGGUUUCCUUGUAGGAAAUGAUUUUAUUCCUCAUCUACCUCAUUUACACAUUAAUCAUGAUGCACUGCCGCUACUUUAUAGAACAUACAUGGCUAUCUUGCCAGAACUGGGAGGUUACAUUAAUGAAAAUGGGCAUCUGAAUUUAAAACGCUUUGAGAAAUAUCUCACAAGAUUGUCAGAUUUUGAUCGUGAACACUUCAGUGAAGUCUCUGUAGACCUGAAAUGGUUUGAAAGUAAAAUAGGCAAUAAAUACCUCAACGAGGCAGCUGGUAUUGCAGCAGAGGAAGCCAGAAAAAAGAAGCAGAAGAAGCAAAAGGCUCAGGAAAAUUCUAUAUGUCUGGCUGCUUUAGAAAAAAAUGAAGGUGAAGUGACUCCUAAAACCAUAUUGGAAGAUGAAGCAGAAGACGAUGAUCUGUUCGAAACAGAGUUUAGGCAAUACAAAAGAAAUUACUACAUGACUAAGAUGGGUGUAGAAGUAGUUUCUGACGACUUCUUGGCUGAUCAGGCUGAGUGUUAUGUCCAGGCAAUACAGUGGAUUUUGCAUUAUUACUACCAUGGAGUUCAGUCGUGGAGCUGGUAUUAUCCUUAUCAUUAUGCACCCUAUCUGUCAGAUAUUCGCAACAUUGGUGAACUCAAAAUCAAAUUUGAACUGGGAAAACCUUUCAUGCCUUUUGAACAGCUUCUUGCUGUACUUCCAGCAGCUAGCAAAGAUCUGCUACCUAAAUGCUACCAGCACUUGAUGCUUAGUCAAGACUCUCCUAUUAUAGAAUAUUAUCCACCGGAUUUUAAAACUGACCUAAAUGGAAAACAGCAGGAGUGGGAAGCUGUAGUAUUAAUCCCAUUUAUUGAUGAGAAACGACUGCUGCAGGCCAUGGAAUCCUGUAAUAAAUGUCUAAAAGAAGAGGAGAAACGAAGAAAUACUCACAGUGCUUGCUUAAUGUACUGGUAUGACAAAGAUGCAGAGUUCCAGUAUAUGUCGCCGUGGCCAGAGAAGUUUCCUGCAGUAGAAAGAUGUCAUACGAGGUAUAAAACAAUACCUUUGGAUGCUUGGCAUGUAGAAAUAACCCAUAAUAAGAUAACUAAAAUCAACAAGAGUGCAUUGUAUUUUUGUGGAUUUCCUACUUUAAAGCACAUUAAACAUAAGUUCUAUCUUAGAAAAAGCAGUGUUCAGGUGUUUCAGCAAAGCAGCCACGGAGAGAACAUGAUGUUAGAAAUCACAGCUGAUGAGAACGCAAAAGAGCAGACGGUAGAAAAUGUUGCUGGUUUGGUACUUGGAAAGCGUGUUUUUGUGAACUGGCCACACCUGGAAGAAGCCAGAGUUGUUGCUGUGUCAGAUGGAGAAACUAAGUUUUAUUUGGAAGAACCACAUGGCACACAGAAGCUUUACAUGGGAAAUGCAGUGCCCCCAGCUAAGGUGGCAUACAUUGGAGAUAAGGAACAAAGUAUGUGGAUAAAAGAAGUUCAAGGCAUUUCAGAGCACUACCAAAGAAGAAAAGGAAUAAUUAUUCAUGAAACAUCAAUAGUUGUGUAUGCUCAGUUACUCACUGGUAAUAGAUACCAACUAAACCAAAAUGGAGAAGUUUAUUUGGAGAAGCAGUGGUCAAAACAAGUUCUUCCUUUUGUUUACCAAACUGUUGUCAAGGAUAUCAAAGCCUUUGACUCUCGCUUUUCAAACAUCAGAACUCUGGAUGACUUGUUUCCUCCUGGAAGCACAGCCUUUAUGCUGGGAUCUCCUUACUAUGGCUGCAUGGGAGAAGUUCAAGAUUCACAUGAUGUGAUCACAGAAGGUAGAAUUCGUGUAGUUUUUAAUAUUCCAUGUGAACCGCAGCUUGAUCCUUUAAUACAGAACCAGCAUAAAUAUUCUGUGAAAUACAAUCCUGCAUAUAUUUUGGCCAGCCGUCUAGGAGUAAGUGGAUAUCUUGUCUCCAGAUUUACAGGGAGUAUCUUUAUUGGAAGAGGAUCAAAGAAAAAUCCUCAUGGAGAUCACAAAGCAAAUGUGGGGCUAAACCUGAAGUUCAAUAAGAAAAAUGAAGAAGUUCCUGGCUAUACUAAGAAAGUUGGGAAUGAAUGGAUGUAUUCUUCUGCAGUAGAACAGCUACUUGCUGAGUAUUUAGAAAGGGUCCCUGAGCUAUUUAAUUAUAUAGCCAAGAACAGCCAGGAAGAUAUCUUCUAUGAAGAUGACAUUUGGCCUGGAGAGGACGAGAAUGGAGCUGAGAAAGUUCAAGAAAUUGUUGCCUGGUUAAAGGCACAUCCUGUGUCUGCCUUGUCUCGCUCAUCUUGUGACUUGCAAAUUUUGGACGCAGCCAUUGUUGAGAAAAUUGAAGAAGAAAUAGAGAAAUGCAAGCAGAGAAAGAGCAACAAGAAGGUGCGAGUAACUGUGAAGCCCCAUUUGCUGUACAGACCGUUAGAACAGCAGAAUGGGGUGGUUCCAGAUCGAGAUGCAGAGUACAGGCUGUUUGACCGUGUUGUCAAUGUGAGAGAGAACUUCUCUGUUCCCGUUGGUCUUCGAGGUACCAUUAUAGGAAUUAAAGGAGCCAGCAGAGAAACAGAUGUGCUCUUCGAAGUUUUGUUUGACGAGGAAUUCCUUGGAGGCCUAACUAUAAGGUGCUCACCUGCCAGAGGUUAUCGUCUGCCAUCAAGUGCCUUAAUUAACUUGUCCCACGGCAGUAGGUUAGAGAUGGGAAAUCAGAAACUGAUGGCCAUAGUUAAACCUCAGCCAGCUAUGAACAACUACAACUCGUAUGCAUCUGAUCUGUCCUCUGUAUGCUCACAAAAAGUGCAUCUGGGAGGCCUCAACCAUUCUCCUCGCUCCCUUUUUGUUCCUACUCAACAACUGAAUGGAAGACAGCAUUACAAUCUCAGGGCUGAAAAUCAGGGCAACUCGAGCUCACCCCAGAAAGGAUCAUUUCUGAGUGGCAAUCAGAAGAAUAAAGCACAGAGUAAGCAAGAGGAUGAAUUCUGCAGCAUCUGGCAAUCAUUGCAGAGUUCUGGGAAGUCACACCACAUUCAGCAGAACAUGCAUGAGAAGGGUGCAGUUCUACCUCAGGAAGUCAAGCUGGCAACUGGCAAUCAAUUCUAUAAGCCAGGAUUCAAUGACAGCAGCUUUAAAGGUCAGCAACGAAAACAGGAGCCAUAUAAAAAAUUUAAAGAAGAUUCCAAAGUUUCAAGAGGUGAAAGUCAGCCACAUAAUAAAAUAUCAAACAAACAGAGUUUUGCAGGUGUGAAUAAGUACAAUGUCAAACUUCUGAAGAGGAAUGAAAGUCCCAGCGUGCCUGUAAUUCAGAAGGCUGCAGCUGGUGGUCCCUGUACAGGUGGAAAGAAGGACAAUGAACUUGAAAGCCUUCUAGCUUCUUUGAAGAUUUCCAAAGAAAAUGAAGUGCAGACUUACUCCAAGGAAGCAAGAGCUACAAAUGAAGAACAUCUGUCACCACAAUCGUUUGCUAUGAAAGGAACACAGAUGCUCAAAGAAAUUUUGAAGAUAGAUGGCUCUGACAUGGAAACAAGGAAUGAAGUGAAAUCCCAAGUUAAUGAUGUUCCUGUUCCCCCUAGUAGACAAGAUUGCCAUGGAGCUGCCUUGCAGUAUAGAGAAACAAAAAAAAUGGUUGCUUAUAUGAACAAACCUCAUAGCACAGGAGGCCCUCAGAACACACCAGCAGUGGAACCUGGAGCUCACCCUUUCCCUUGUCCACAGCCUGCACUGUCUACUGCUUCUGAACUUUCUCGUAUUUGUUCUCUUCUUGGAAUGUCGCAACCAGAUUUCUCUUUCCUAAAAACACCACAGACCAUGACAGUUUGUCACAUAAAAUUAUCAAAUGGUUUGCUGGUUCAUGGACCACAGUGUCAUUCUGAAGCUGAAGCAAAGGAGAAAGCUGCACUUUAUGCUUUACAGCGUUUGGGUUCUAUAGGAGUAAACUUCCCUUUGCCUCCACCUCCGCCCCCACCAGUGUUUCCAAAUUAUCAGCCACUGGGAGUUCCUGUACCACCUGGAUCUAUUCCUCCAGUGUUUGCACAACCGCCUGCUAAUAUAAUGCCUCCAUCAUCUCACAUGUUUGGUCCGGUGUCCUGGGGAACUCCAGUGCCUAAACAUUAUUAUCCUGGCUCCUACCCAGGAAAUGUGUCUCUUGUAGGAACUAUACCAGUUGGUUCUCACAACCAGUUUAUACCUCUGCAGGUAACUAAAAAAAGGGCUGCUAGCAAGAAAAACUUUGAGCUCAAGGAGUUUCAGAGUUCCCCUCAAGCUGCACCACUAAAGAAUGACCAGCCAGUGUCUUCUGACCACAUUCAGCAAGAUAGCUCUUCAGCUCCUUUAAAAUCUCCUCAAGCUGCUCAACCCACUGUUUCAUUUCAAGACAAUGUGGCUACUACAAGCGCUCCUCAUAACAAAUCAACACCAAACACUUCCAGCAAGCGAAAGCCGAGAAAGCUGGCUGUCAAUUUUGGCGCACCAAAAUCUUCAGAAUAAACAUGGUAGCUAGGUGUAUUUUAUCUUUAACUCUUCCCCCACUAUUAUGUUCUAUCACUUUAAAAAAUCAGAAAGCUCUAUUAAAAAAGACCAGCCACUUUAAGUAUAGUAUAGAAUGAAAUACAUUUUAUUUGCUAUGAUUUUCAGGUUGUUAUGAAAACGAUAAAAAUUAUGUUAAAACUCGAUGAUUUUUACUUAAAUUAACAAAAGCUGGGAAAUACUGAGUUAAGGUUACCACGCCAUCUAUUGUGCCUAGGUUUCCAAACAGUGGCUUACAGACUCUACUGGGUAAGCAGCAAUAACAGUGGCAACCUUAAUUCAGAAGUGCUGUGCUUUUCGGGAGGGAUAUGGAGCGGUAAUAAGUUGGGCAUCUAUCAUUACUUAGUAUGGCAUUUUGUAUUCUAGCUUAUUUUUAAGUAGUGUAAUAAGACAGAA